AUGCAUUCUUGGUCAAUCCCCGGUAUUCGACGAGGUAUUGCAAGGUCAUUCCUUCUAGGUCACGUACCAAAUCAACAAUACUCUGGUGCGUACUACCUUGCCGAAGGAAUUUAUCCUAGGUGGACGACAUUCGUGAAAACAAUUCCGAAUCCCCAAUCCAAGAAGGAAAGAAGCUUUGUUUCCUUUCAAGAAGGUUACAGGAAAGACGUGGAAAGGUGUUUCGGUAUCUUGCAAGCUCGUUGGGCAAUUAGUAAGGGUGCUGCUCGGAUGCUAGAUGAGGAGGUGCUGCGGAGUAUUAUGAUGACUUGCAUCAUCCUCCACAACAUGAUUGUGGAGGAUGAGUAUGACUAUGAUGCUCUAGAGGUGUUUGAACCCGAUCCCAUGAACACGACAUUGACAAGAAUAUAUAAAAGCCGAUGGGACCAAAUGGACUACCAUUGGAGCCCGAAUCGUUACUUUGGGAUGGUCAAUUCAACAACCCCAUGA